GGCUUUACAUUUUAAGUCACGUGCACAAAUAAAAAUGGCCACCGCUGAAGAUAUUUGUCGUGUGUGCCGUUUAUCUGGUACUUCUGAUAGGCCACUCUUCCAUCCUUGCCUGUGUACUGGAAGCAUACGUUAUGUUCAUCAAGAUUGUUUAAUGCAGUGGCUCCAGCACAGCAGGAAAGAAUAUUGCGAGCUUUGUCAUUAUAAGUUUCAGUUUGCAUCAAUAUAUAGAGCUGAUAUGCCAAGAUGGCUGCCAGUCAAUUACAUAUACAAGACUUUAGUUCGUGGUCUGAACCAAAGGCUACAGAGAUGGUUCCAUUUUUGUUUUGUUCUCUUCACAUGGCUAUACCUCCUACCAGUUUGUACAUAUCGAGUUUACUGCGUCGUUUUUAAAGGAGACUUUUGGGGUGUCAUAACACUGCCAUGGGAGCUAAUAACAUUUGCUAAUCUGAUCCUAGAGGGACUAGUUGGACUCUUCAUUGUCUUUGUGUCGCUCUUGGCCUUCAUAAGUUUGGUCUGGCUCAAGGACCAGCUGACAACAGGCACUGGCCCUGACUGGCUCACAGCUGAUCAACAAGAGGCUCAGAGGCAAGCAGAACCGACUCCGAGAGACAACAUGUCCGAUGAUGAGAAAGCUAAACUGAUUAAUGACGCACACAUCGACAUGAGGAAAAGGCAGAGAACGGCGGAGAGACUUAGCAUAAACGAGUCGAAUAAAAAAUGGAGGAAAGAUAACGAGAAAUUCAUCAAAGAGUUAGAAGAUGCGACUGCUAAACGGUUUUACGAGGAAGGGGUUGAGCUGAGAAAGAGGCAAAUGGAGUUGAUCUACCAGCUGGAGUUACCAAUGAACCACUAUAUGCCUGCACUGAAGGCAGCCAGACUCAAGAACAUUGAAGGGAUCGAGAAAUGGAAGAACGAUAUAGUCGAGGACUUGAAAAAGAAGUACAUCAUAUCGUCUGAUGUUGUGGGACUCCCUCCUGAAGCUGCUGCCAUUGUUGAUGCAACACCAUUACCAUCUUUAGAAGAAAGGGGAUUGACACCAGAGCAAGCCACAUUGUUUGAGUUGCAUCAAGACAGACCAGUACCAAUCACUGAUGAAUCAAGAAAGAGAGAGCUGGAGGCAGAGCUUGAUGAAGUUACUAAUCGACUCAUGGAGCUGACUGUGUCUCAAAAAUUAGAACAUGAGAGAAUAGUACAUUACUUAUCAAUGGAGACCCUUGAUUCAGACACACUCGAUGAACUCUCCGAGGGAGAGCGAGACAUGAUUGGAUCGUCCCGUUUUGCUCAUCAAAUUUAUAACCGGAAGUUCGAAGAUGAAGCGGCCAUGAUGGCGGGUCACAUGGCGGAGGUGAGGGUAGCUCACCCUGUGCUAAUGGAGAGGACGAUCCCUACCUGGUACCAACGGGUCACUGGUAGGAAUAACAACAACGACCAACAAGACCAAGCUGAAGCUAGGAGAAGGAGACAGAAUGCUCCAGCAAGACCUAACAUUGGUCAAGCACUAGUGGGGCUGGCCAGAGAGCCUCAAGAUCCCAAUGCUGAAGCGUUGCAAGCUGAUCAACUAACUAAAAUGUUAGGAUUGGAUGGCUCCUACCAGUUUUUGGAACAUGUGAUGUGGAUGCUGCUACUGAUGACUGCACUAUUAUUAAUAUUUGGACUUAUUCCUAACAAAGUCGGCCAACUAUUUACAAGUUACCUGUCAAUAGACCAACUGGCAUGGAAUGAUAACUGGAGGAUAUUGUUCUCCACAAUCAAUGGUUAUGUCAUUGUCAUGAUUCUUAUCGUUAUUUUAUAUUAUGUGGUUGGAUUAUUCAAAUUAGCAAAAAUAAAGAGCUUCCUUGGUAUGGCUUACCUAGCCCUCAAGAUAUCAACAUUGCUUCUCCUUGAGGCUGGAAUAUUUCCACUCUGCUGCGGCUGGUGGCUGGACAUUUGCUCGUUUUCUUUACUAGGCACUAGUCUGAAGGCUAGACAAGCAAGCCUCAAUUAUGCUCCUGGUACUGUAAUGUUUCUUCAUUGGUUGGCUGGGAUGAUAUUCAUUUUCUAUUUUGCUUCGUUUGUCGUCUUGCUCCGUGAAGUACUCCGUCCCGGGGUGAUGUGGUUCUUAAGGAACCUUAACGAUCAAAACUUCCAUCCUAUACAAGAUAUGAUCAGUCAGCCAUUUCAAAAGCACUUCAGACGCUUCCUAAUGUCUAACAUUAUGUUUGGUGUCAGUAUAUUGGUAUUGAUAUACAUACCAAGUCGUCUCGUUGUAUACCUCUUCCCUUGGUUCUUGCCAUACAACCUAACGCUAAUGAGUACUGUGAGUCCUAUAAGAGAGGUCCAGUUGGAGUUGAUUCUGCUUCAGUUCGUAAUACCCACUUUACUUGAGCACUCCAAUACAAGAGCAGCCAUAAAGAAUGGAGUUAUCAUGUGGUCUAGAUUUAUGGCUAAAAUACUUAAACUUGAUUCAUAUUUACUGGAUAACCCACAGACUGGGGGUGUGGUUGUUGAUAUGCACGGUAACGUCAUAAUGACACUACCUUAUGAUCCUAACUGGGAAGGUCCUGUACAUCCUGGCCCUGCUGAAGUACUUGGCCCAGGAUUUGCUCCGUUUAAACCUUACUUGAGAACAAAAUACUUCUUUCUUAGAGUCACUAUUCUAUUGUUUAUUUCUGUAACGAGUAUAAUCACAGUCAGUGCUGCAUUUCUACUUGGGCCAGUCUUAUUAGGUAGAACCCUGAUGGGGUACAUUGGUUUAAUUGCUCCUCCAGACAUAUACACAGCUGCUAUUGGUAUGUAUGUGGUGUGGGUGACAGUGAGGGUUGCCACUGCCAUCAUUUCCAAGACAAGAGAAGGAUUUGGUGUCAUCAUGAAACAGCUUCUACUCUGGACCUAUCAGGGUAUGAAGUGUGCGAUAGCUGGUUUCCUCUUAUUCAUCGUCAUCCCAUUACUGUUGGGUAAUCUUGUUGACCUACUCAUCAUCUCUCCAAUAAGAGUACCAACCAACAGAACACCUAUCACCUACUUCAGCACUGAAUGGGCCCUUGGCUUAUUACACAUGAAGUGCUCCUGUGGCGUCAUUUGGCUUACAGACACGUCAUUCAAACGCACUCUGGACCAACUCUAUCAACGCGGCGUCCGUAACAUGAGUCUCUCGUUUGUCCUAGUCUCUGUUGCAUGGCCUGUUAUCUCUUACCUCUUCUUGUUCAUAUCAGUUCCCUACGUGUUCUUUAUAACCAUCUUCUAUCAGACAGGAUUAACCAGCUAUGCAACGAGCUUCUUAUGGUAUCGCUAUUGCUAUGCACUUUCUUUCUUUUUGCUGGUUGCAUUGAGCAUGAUGCUAAUAAUUGUGAAGCAGUCCACAAAGAUAUACUCCAAUAUUAGGAAUAAAGAAUAUUUGAUUGGUCGUCAGUUGGUUAAUUAUGGUACAGUAGCUACAGAAGAGUUCACUCCAAUGGCCGUACCAGUUGAAGAGACUGGCCAUGAUUGAUUAUUAUAACUUGUGAUCAUUGUUUACAUUUUAUGCAGCCCUUGUGUUUGUAUAUCACAGUUUGUCAUUAAUUACACUUAAUAUUUACUUAUA